ACACAGCGAGCCAUGGAGCAGGCAGCGCAGUAACAAUCAGUCCGUAAAGCGGCGGAGGUAUUUGUUGUAAAAGUGAGACCAGUUGUGUUGUUGAAAGGGGGGGGGCUUGGAAAAAAGCAGGAGUUUGGUCAAGAGUUGAUUUUUUGCGCGUAUUUUUGGCUACAGAACUAAAUUAUACGCAUCGCCGAAUUGCAGGUAAAAUGAAACGCAAGUUAACUAAACACGUCGGGCUUUUUGGAAUAUUUAGACGUCCCGCUUUUCCUCUCUUUCUCACCCUCGCUCUCUCGCUCUCUCUCUCCCUCUCCAGCGCGCUCUCGUUGUCUUUGCACACAUGGUUUGGGAAAAUCUGGGUUUGAUUUUAAUGGGGAGUAGCCUACCCCGGGCUCGCUUUACAUAUGGAUGUACUGGACAGUUUUCAGUUGGUUUGAAGUCCGGGCGCGGAUGGGUCCAGUGGUCCUCUCUCAUGACUAAGUCGCGUUUCCCCUGUUCCUUUUAAUAUUUUAAGGAGGCGAAUGUGAGAAAGACGAAACACUUUUGGAGAGGACACUUUCUGACGGAAGAGGACCUCCGCGCUAAUUGGUGUGGAUUUUUCUAAGGGGACGUCUCUUUUAUAAAAUACAAACCCAGCGACACUGACGACUUGACACGGGAAAGACUCUCGUCAGCCUGAAGUGAAGGGUCACUGAGCUCAGACAUUCUCCUUCCACUGACUCACAACUAUACACACAUAGGGGACAGUCACACAGACAGACACUUUUGUUCAACACAUACACACUCACUUCACACACACACACAGACUCUUGGGUUCACACACAAAGCCUCAUCCUUGCAUAAGCGCAGACACACAUUCAAACACAGGCCCUUUGAGCAGGAUGAGGGAACCUUGGAGGUGCCUGCUGGGCCUGUGCCUCCUGGCAGUCUCGGCCUCCACCCACAGCGCCACAAACCCCUUCGCAGGACAGCAGACCCCUCCAGAUCCUUGCUACGAUGACGCAGGCGCAGCCCGCCGCUGUAUCCCCGAGUUUAUCAACGCUGCCUUCGGCAAAGAGGUGAUGGUGUCUAGUGUCUGUGGUCGGCCUCCGUCUCGUUCCUGCAGCGUGGUGGAGCGCAGUGACGAGCGGCCUUCUGUACGUACAUGUCAAAUCUGUGAUGCAGCCGACCCUCGCCGUGCCCAUCCUGCCUCCUACCUCACCGACCUCAACUCAGCUCACAACCUCACCUGCUGGCAGUCGGAGAACCUGAACACCUCUCCGCACAACGUGACUCUCACCCUUUCACUGGGCAAAAAGUUUGAGAUCACCUACGUCAGCCUGCAGUUCUGCUCACCACGACCUGAGUCCCUGGCCAUAUACAAGAGCAUGGACUACGGCAAAACCUGGAUGCCCUACCAGUUCUACUCCUCACAGUGCCGGCGUAUGUACAACCGGCCCAACAAAGCAACCAUUACCAAGCAGAACGAGCAGGAAGCUCUUUGCACAGAUGGCCACACUGACCUCUACCCGCUUUCUGGAGGACUCAUUGCUUUCAGCACUCUGGACGGACGGCCCUCUGGUAAAGACUUUGACAACAGCCCCGUCCUGCAGGACUGGGUCACCGUCACCGACAUCCGCGUGGUCUUCAGCCGACCCCAGCUGCCCCGGGAGCUGGGCCUGGGGGCUGGAAGCAACAGCGGAGGGAGGGACGACGACCCCAUGGCAGUGACAUCCACACUGCCAACUUAUUUCUAUGCAGUGGGAGACUUCCAGGUGGGUGGGAGGUGUAAAUGCAAUGGUCAUGCUUCACGCUGCCUGAAAGACAAGGAGGGCAAACUGGUGUGUGACUGCAAACACAACACAGAAGGACCUGAAUGUGACCGCUGCAAGCCCUUCCACUAUGACCGACCGUGGCAGCGGGCCAAUGCUCGUGAGGCCAAUGAGUGUCUGCCGUGUAACUGCAACCUCCACGCCCGCCGCUGUCGAUUCAACAUGGAGUUGUAUAAGCUGUCAGGGAGGAAAAGUGGAGGAGUCUGCAUGAACUGCCGUCACAAUACUGCGGGACGCCACUGCCACUACUGCAAGGAGGGUUUUUACAGAGACAUGGCCAGACCGAUCACACACAGACGGGCCUGCAAAGCCUGUGACUGCCACCCUGUGGGCGCAGCAGGCAAGACGUGCAACCAGACCACAGGCCAGUGUCCCUGCAAGGACGGCGUCACCGGCAUCACCUGCAACCGCUGCGCCAAAGGCUACCAGCAGAGCCGCUCACCUGUGGCCCCCUGCAUCAAAAUCCCUGUGGUCAACCCCACAGCUGUGGUGAGCAGCACAGAGGAACCAGCAGAUUGUGAGUCCUAUUGUAAACCAGUGAAGGGCAACUUGAAGAUCAACAUGAAGAAAUAUUGCAAAAAGGAUUAUGCGGUCCAAGUGAACGUCCUGGACAUGGAGACGGUGGGUGACUGGGCCAAGUUCUCGGUUAGUGUGGUAUCGGUGUACAAGAGCCGCGGCGAACCCUUGAAGCGAGGCGACAACAUCCUGUGGGUACACAUGAAGGACCUUGCAUGCAAAUGUCCCAAGAUCCAGAUGAGCAAGCGGUUCCUGGUGAUGGGCGGCAGCGAAGGCGGGACAGGAACAGGGACAGGACCAGGAGUUGGGCCGGGAGGUGGAGUCACCAGUCCAGGGGCGGAGCGCAUAGGCUUGGUGGCUGAUAAGAACAGCCUGGUGAUCCAGUGGAGGGACGUUUGGACGAGACGUCUGAGGAAGUUCCAGCGCAAGGAGAAGAAGGGGAAGUGCAGCAAAGCAUGAUGGGGAAGCAGCGUCCAUCCCUACCUCUCCUUCCAUCGCACACCUUCAUGAACCCUGACUGUUCUCCUCCCCCUGAAACCUUUUCUCCUUGUCCAUCGUGGGAACACUGCACAUUACAAAGACUGCAUGUACCCUACCUGUUUUCAGGACCACGUUUUGUGUAUAUUGUAUAAUUAUUUUCCAUUUUAUUUUUUUGAGUUUUGUCUUUGUAAUGCCACUUGUCUUUUUGUCCAAUUGGUUUGCCUUAAAAAGGGACCAUUAAAAAGGGUUUGAAUUGUAGACAAAAGCAGGCACCAUUCCCUCACUCGACGACGACAGCGGAAAUGUCCACUCGUCCCCCUCCCCCAAACUACAAAACUCCAACGUCCAGCGUCCUUCUUUCAAGGCUGUCUCCUGUCACUUUGUUGUUUCAGUCCUCCCACGUCAGACUAUCAGUGCUCACACCUUCUCUGGGGAUUUUAUUCCACAGUGUUUGUCACUUCAGAGACUGAACUGAUUUCAGCAACAAGACAAGCUGCACACCUUCAGCUUGGCCACUUCAGGUUUCAUUAUUGAAACAAAAACACAAGCUGGACCACCUAACAAACCUUUUCAACAUUAGCUGUUCAAAUGUUCAUAUAAAAUGGGCCUACUUGCUCCAGGUCUUUGCAGUAUCUUCAUUGGACUGUAUGAAUAAAACUCUUGUCCUGUGAGGAACCAAGGGCUCUCUUUGCAGGGACGUUUUCCACAGCAAACCUCCAUCGCACCACCUCUGCUGCUGCCCUCCGAACAAACUGCUCAUGUAGGCUCUUCUAUCUACAAGUAUGCGAUGCCACUGCUCAUAACAGAGUUUGUAUUCUCCGUGUGGCUACUUGUUAUCUCAUCCAUUCGUAUCCCAGCCGUAUCCUUAUUUCAGAUAUAUCCUUUUGUUUCAUUCCAAGCAGAACAAAUCCUAUUGGCAUGUGUGAGUCACAUUCCAGGCCUCCGGGGCUGCGCCUCUUCACCACCAGUCUGUCUCAUGAGUGGUUUAUAAAGUCAUGCAUCACCAUCAUGACUCAUUGCUUGUCACUUUUCAUGGAAGAAAGAUGAAGCGGUGUGGACAUAUGGCUGGAAUUUCAGAACAAUAUUAACAUUUCCGAGGAGAAUUUUUUGCUUUAUGGAUAAUGUCUUUCGCUGGGUACUGGUCCUUCCAGAUGUUGCUGUGUGGCCAAUGUCUUUUUCUUUUUUUUAAAUGUCUGAACAUUUGUGUCUGAAGACUGGCAGACUUUUGUUUGCCAAAAUAAGAGAUUGAAACAAGAGUUCCUUUUCAUGCAGUAAAACGAAAAGAAAAGAAAAAAAAACAAGCCGGAUAAACAACAUAGCUGUGUUUUUCUCUAGUAUAUUAUGACAAAAUGAAUGAGGCUGGAAAGUUUUUAGUGCUCACUGAUUGUAUUAUGACAUGAGAGGAUCAUAUUUCAUUCCUCAUGUGCUUUGUUAUGUUUGCAUGUUUGUGGUUUUUGCUGGUCCAUCAAAACCUUACAGUGAGCAGAGAAAGAACUAAACCAAUAUGAGCAUCAAGAUCCAAAGGAAAACUUCCCAUGUCAUCUUCCACCACUUGCCCACCCUAACGCAUAACCCUAUCAUCCUUUGCCAAAUAAGCAUAGUCAGUUUUUAAAUUCAAUUAAGAGACUAUGAAAGUCAGGACGGCCGUAAACCACAGAGAGACCCGUCUGGUUGCUCUCAAGCUUUUUAUCUGCCUUUUGCUGUUAUUUCAUUUUGUAAAGGACAUUACAAUUUAUUUAAAUAGAGUACAAGAUAAACACACAGUUUUUGAGGGGCACAUUAGGCCAGAGGAGCAGCGAGUGUGCCUACAGGCAUCUCAUGCUAGCUCGUGGUUACGCUCCUUUGGUUGCGGCGGUAUGUUUGGUUUGUCAUUCCUCCAAAAGUGUCUCUCCUCUGCUCUAGUCUCCGUGUCAGCCACCACCCUCCCCGAACUCGCUUUUUUUUUUAAACCCAUUUUGCAUGUUGUGUAUUUAGUGUCUUAGAUAAGUGACAGCACAGUAAAGAGGCCGCGAGGCUCCUCUGUGCUGUAUAGUACUGCACUGUAGUUCUCGUUUUCUCCUGAGAAUGUAAGUCGAACUGCGAAGAACGCGCUCACGCAGGUGUGCGUCCUGACUGCGAGCGCUUAUGGAAUAAUGUUAGCAGAAUGAAGAAUGUGGAUGGCAUGAUGGGUGAGUUUUGACUAGAUGUUUGUGACUCUUCAUGCUUAUGUCUGUCUGUCACAUAGUUUUGUUGUAUUCUAAUCCAAAAACAAAAAAAAACAAACUCAUAACCAAAAUGAGAUCUGGUGUAUGACAAAAAAAGCAAAGAUGACAAGCAUCGAAGUUUAACAUCCCCACUGAUGGAAUUUCACAAAAACGCACAACCAAACAGUCGAUUAUUUGUGUGUUGGCUGUCAGACAGGUGGUGUUACAGUAGCACCAGUGUCUUCACCCUUUGGUAUGUGACACGUUAAGAUGGAUGGUCUUAUUACGUGAGGCCUGUCUGGCGAUCUGCACACUUGUGGAGGAGCUGCAGCGUCCUUAAUGUUCUCUCAAUUAGAAAGAGCCCAGACGUCUCUCUACUGGCUCUCCGUUUUCUCAAGUGCCCACCCUGAAUGUUGGAUUUAAGAUAAGAGGUUAGAAUCCGCCAAAUUCAGUUUGAGGGGGGUGGAAGUGUAGCUCUCGUGAAAGCUGUUUAGCGAGCCUCAUAGGGAGCGCCGUCCUGUUGUUUUACAUUACCAAGCCCAGCAGCUUGGCAGUUGAACUGAGGCCAUAUAACUGCUUUACUUUGCCCCCCCAACUCACCGCAUUUAUAGCAUUCACAGGUGUAUGCAUGUGAGUUUGUGUGUUUAAUUAAUAGGAAACAAGUGAUAUGCACAUGAACCGAGGGGUGAGAAAGCUCUCUUCGGGGCGGCGGGUGGAACAAAGUUUGUCAGUUUUACAGCUGUUUGUGUAGAGGAGUCAGAGCAGUCUACGAGGGAUAAUCAUUUUCCUGGUCGAGCGCCCUUUUUUCCCCCACUUUCAUCCACACAUUUUGGCUUGUUUAAUAAGUCUUGAUGCAUUUUUAAUGUUGUAAAUAUGUAUUGAACUGCCGCUGCCAGUUAUGUUUUGUAAAGCGUCACCCCGGCCCAGGACGGACUCACAUGUAUGGAUGUACAAAACCAGAUGAUUAUGGAUGUUAUAUGGAUGUAGAAAACCAGGAACAUAUGCUUUUGUGAUCACGACCAGAAGAUGUGGUUCAGAUAUUACACAGAAUGUAUUCCUUUUUUUUUCUUGUUUUGUUUUAUGUUGUUUCCAGACAACAACCGGCCAAUUGUAAAUGACUUUGAGGUGAAGCGAGUAAAAAAAAAAAAAGUGACUGAUUGGACCCUCUGCUUUUCCCAUAGACACACAGAUGGAAACUGACACAACAGCCCACCACGUUCUGUUACAUUAAUGUCUUGGGAAUAAUGGUUCACUCACCACGCAAAGAAAAAAAAAAAAAGUCCAGCUACCUUUCUUGGGGAACAAAGGGAUCCUUCCCUCAGUCCUGCCCUGCUUUUUACUUCUGUUAUAUCAAAGUCUUCCUUGUACAUUUUCCUCCAAGGCAAUGAACCACUGACUUUUUAAUCUAAAUGGUAAAAAAAUAAAUUAUUAGUUAAUGAA